AAAAAAAAAAGGGAGAGAGAAAGAGAGGGGUUAAGAAAAAAGAGUAAGAUAAGAUUAAAAAAAAAAAAAAGAGAGAGAGAGAAAGGGUGAGGACAUUGAAACGAGUGCGAGAGAACCACGAGGACAUUAACAUGUACUGACGCCACUAACACCUCCUCGAGACUUUCAAAAUGGCGGACAAGAAUAAGAUUCUGCCCUGGUCGAUGCUAUCCUAUCAGACCAGUCUCUUGAAUCACGUCUGGUACAGCCAGCUCGCUUUCAGUAAUAGAAUUUUGGAGAGCUUCAAGAUGCCCAGGAGCACAAGUUUUCACAUCCAUGACAUUCUGCAGCUUGAUUCGAAGCCAUCUCAGGAGGAAACUGAGGUGCAAGGUAGUACCACGGUGCUACCGACCACGAACGAUGUUCCGUCGGCAUACCAACAGUUUUUCGAGCACACGACGGCCAUGUUACAACCCGCGAUAUACGCGAAUCUGAACAGAGGCACCUUACCACCCCCGCCACCCGCUUUAUUGGGAUGGCCGACCGGUCCAACGUUACCGACCACAUUACCUCAGCCUUUGGAAGAGGUGAAUGUGUUGCAGCAACCAGACUCGACCAGCCCGACCAUCUCGGAUUUAUCGUUCCCACCGAAGCAGGAGGCGAACCACGAGUGCAAAGAGGAAGAGUCGGCGGAGUUCGAGGACGAGCAGCAGGCGAACGAGACCCAACCCCACGAGACCGAGCACAAAAAGCGGAAGAGGCGGGUGCUGUUCUCCAAGGCGCAGACGUUCGAGCUCGAGAGACGUUUCCGUCAGCAGAAAUACCUGAGCGCCCCCGAGAGGGAGCAUUUGGCCUCGAUUAUUCGGCUCACCCCCACCCAGGUGAAGAUCUGGUUCCAGAACCACAGGUACAAGACGAAAAGGGCGGCGACGGAGGCGAGCGGAAGCGGGUGUUCACCUAGAAGGGUCGCUGUACCGUUGCUGAUCAAGGAUGGAAAGCCCUGCCAGUCCAAGCUGAUGGAACCUGCCACGUAUCCGACCACGGGCCAGGUACCUAUGCCGCCCUACAUGCAGAAACCUUAUUGGUGGUAAGAUGGACUUUCGUUCGUUGAAUGAACGAGAAUCAUUCGUUGUCAUCGUGGACUUGGCGGUCGAUGGCUGGGAUAUCUGGAGGAUCGAUAGAAGGCUGAUACGAAACAGUCGAAGACGAUUAGUGGUCGGAUUUUGGUGGACAGAAGAUUAAUUAAUUAGAAGGUUAAUUAAUGAUUGUUAUCGGGAGAACGAUUUGUCUUUUCAUCGGGGAAGGGAAGAGAAAAAUUGUGGAUGAUAUUUGUUGGAAGGACGAGGAAAUCUUUUCCAACUGUUCUGGGCGAAUUGGUAUAUCAUAUGCGACAGAAAGUGAAGGAGAUGUUGAAGAUUUAUCGUCGAUCAUUGAUACUUGAAAUAUUUGAGAUUGUUAGAGAAGGAAUAAAAUAAUUCUUAGAUUUUUGGAGAAAUUAUGAGAACUUUCGUCUUGUUGGAAGAAAAGAGGAUUAUGGAUAAUAUCUUGAUACGGAUUUUUUGUAUAAACAAGAUAAGAAAUCUAAUUAUAAACUGAUUUUCGAACAAUGAAAGCUGUAAGAUGGAUUAAAGAUUAUGGAUAUAUUUAAGUCGAUCAAGUAACGGAUUUGAACUUCUCAUGAACAAUAUCUAAGGAAUCAAGUGAAAUAUUAUCUUCUUGGUAAUGUUAAAUAUGUAUCAAAGAAUCUUAAAGAAACAGUAUACGAUCAAAGUGUGAGGAUCGAUUCGAUUCAAUUUUAAAAAUACAUCAACGAAUCUUGAAACAACAAACGAUCGAGAGAUAUGAAAAAUAAAAAAAAUCAAUCAGAGAAAGAGAGAAAUCGUCAAGAAUACCGCGAAGAAUAAUCCAUCCCAUAACUGUCAAGAGAAUUCCAGUGCAGAAAAGAAUCGUUUUUAACUAAUAUCGUAAGAUUAUCAAAAAUCAAACGUAUUAUUAGCUUAGAUGAUUAACAGUAAGAAACGAGUGUUUGCCUGUGAAACUUCGACUAAGUUUACUCGAGUUCUCGUUGUUGAGUAAACGAAGUGUACUGCCAAUCGAAGUUGACGAUCGACCAUCAUUCUAACUCGUAAUUAAAGUGGAUCUCGACGCGAAAUUUAAAAAUUCGAUGAAACUUCUAUCGAUGAAAGUGUCGUUCGAGUGAAUUAAACUGCGUCUGUGUUUCGUCGAUUGUAUCG